AUGAAAUACAAUUUUAUUUUAAACACAUUCGCUCUUGCUGCCUUAGUCAAAGCAUUCACCGUCACUGUAAAUGACUUACCUGUCAUUGUUGACGGAAGUCAAGUCUUGGUAGGUGAAGAGGGAGCCGCUGCAGCUGACUUUCAACAAACAGAAACCUCCUUGCAACUCGUUGAUGGGACCCCGGUUGGUACUACAGAAGAUGAUGGUACUUUAAGAUUAUUAGGUGAAGGUGAAGACAUCGGUACUUGGACUAUCGCAGAAAAUAUUUUGACAUACGAUAUUCAAGUUUAUACCUGCCCCGACGGAGUUCUUUCAACUACCUAUGAUACAGGUUGUUCAGAAGCUGUCUUCGUAAUCGUAGCAGAUCCCGAACCAGAAGUUCCAACCACUGACGAACCAGAAGAACCAACUGACGAACCAGAAGAACCAACCGAAGAGCCAGAAGAACCAGAAGCUCCAACCACCGACGAACCUGAAGUCACAACCGAUGAUGAAAAUAUCAGCACUAUAACAAGUACUAUUGUCAUUACAGUCACCGAUUGUGAUGAAGUUGAUAUUUGUACCUGUUACACUACCGAAUAUGUCACUACUUAUACUACAGUUUGUGAAGAAGAAACGCCUUCUAACGCAACUUGUACCGGUCACUACUGUCCUCCUCCACCCCCUUGUUUACCUAAAGGAUGUACUCCUGCCCCUAAGCCAUCACCAGAACCCGAAGUUCCGUGUCCACCUGAAGGAUGUUCUCCUGCUCCAGAACAACCAGAGCAACCAGAGCAACCAGAACAACCAAAACAUCCAGAACAACCAGAACAACCAGAACAACCUGAACAACCCGAAGAAACAUGUAAAACAGGUGAAAUAUGUGAAUAUACAGGUUCUGGUUCAGUCAAUAUUAUGAACGUGUUUGUUGGAUUUGCUGCUGUAUUGAUACCUACUAUGCUUUUCUUAUAA